CGCGCAUUUUAACAGGGAAUUUCGAUUAAUUCCCUACUCUUUUUGUUUUGUAUUGUAAUCAAUAAAUUGUUUACAUCACGAAUUAUCCAUUUUGUGUUUUUUUUUUGUAUGUGGGUUUUUAUUUUCAAGCUUUCAUCCGAGUGAGAAUACAUUUACUGCUACUUGACAUAUUAACUUUUAAUUAGGGAAGACUUAAUAUCUCGCUCCUUUUAAAUCUAAAAGUAUAAGUUUCGCUUUUGUGUAUUUAGACCGUUUCAUAACUUAUCAUCUCGUUAUUGUGACGAGUAUUAAGAUGCAUCAAUCUUUUGGUUAUGAAAAUACAUUUCAGACUUUAUCUUCAGAGUUUCAAUCAUCAUUAGCAUCCAGCUCUACUUCAUCAUAUGGCAACCCUUAUUUGACUGUUAAAAAUGAACUCCUAGUCAAAUUUAGAUUUCGACAUCUCAGUGAUGGGACUCAUGGAGGUUUAGAACCAAUAAUUGAAUUACAUGAUUGUAAUGAUCCAUCAGGUAUAUACAUUAAAGCUUCUUUGUACACCAGUGAAGAAAUACCUAGAUUGCAUGUUACUAAUUGUCUUUUUGGAAAACAUUGCGAUAAUGGAGUGUGUUGGGUGAAAUUGUCUGAAGACUUUACAGCAGAGUAACUAUGUUUUAUGAAAAUAUUUUUAUUUCUGACAGUGACUGAUUAUGGAUGGUGUAUUCUAUACAAAUGUAAAAAAAAAUCAAAUCUUGACUUUCUUA